CCCGUUUUACGAUCCCAGCUACCGAUCUGGCACUGUCCAACCCCCCUCAGUCGCUGUCAUCACUCGGGGAAGGGCAGCGGGAGCGGCGGGCUGAGCCGGGCCUCGGUCAGCAGGGAGUGCAGGCGACGAGCAGGAGCGGCGGGCUGAGCCGGGCCUCGGUCAGCAGGGAGUGCAGGCGACGAGCGGGAGCGGCGGGCUGAGCCGGGCCUCGGUCAGCGGCCUCUGUUUACAACGCGCUCCCACGGCCCGGGCCUGACUCAGAGGCUGACGUCGCUCCGCGCUGCAUUACGUUGACAACACACCGCCAUCUUUGACACUGGCGCCGCCUGCGCCGCCUGCCCCGCCCGUCACAAAGAUGGCAGCGAGCGCGGUGGUGACGCGGCGGGCGGCGGAAGGACCGUUGACGGUUGAGUUUUGAACUGUGAGUGCGCGCGCGGGCCGCCCGCCCUCCGUCAUGGAGACGGUCCGUUAACGGCGCCGGAGGCUUCCUGAGAACCCUGGAAUGCAGGCUGUUGGGUAUCUGUAAUUUCCUCCUAUGGGAAGAGAAUCUAUGAGAGACACUUGCCACAUUCUACAUACAAAUUCAGAGUCUCAUCACGAGGAUCAAAGUAUUACAACCAGGAAAUGGACUGUGAUCCCCGAGUGUUCAACGGGUCAAUGUUUAAUAAUUUCAGCAAGUUUGAAGAUUGGGAAGAGAGAGACUUGGAGGGGGCAGACGUGAAGGAUAUGAGAGUGGAAGCUGAGGCAGUGGUCAAUGAUGUCAACUUUGCUGUUAACCACAUGGCUGUCUCAAAAAUGCUCCCAAUAAGAGAAGAUGUUGCCUUCAUUAAUGUAGAAACAAAAGAAAGAAACCGAUACUGCCUUGAGCUAACUGAAGCAGGACUCCGGGUGGUAGCUCAUGGCUUUGACCAGGUGGAUGAGUCAUUGUCGAUGCAGUAUCAUGAGACAAUAUACUCCCUCUUGGAGUCACUCAGCCCUGCGUAUCGUGAAGCCUUUGGGAAUGCACUUCUCCAGAGACUAGAAGCAUUAAAAAAUGUCCAGGAGUAAGCAGCCCAGUCUACAGCUCCUUCUGACAACCUGUUUCUCGGUGUGCUUUCUUUAAGUACACAAACUUUAUGAUAAAAGUUUAAAGCAGAGGUUUUCAACCUGUGGUCCGUGGACCCCUGGGGGUCUGCGGCAGGCUGCCAGGGGUCCACAAGCAAGCCAGGAAAAAAAAUGGAAAAAUGACCUGUUACAAAGAUGUAGCUUACUUGCUUGCUCCAGUUUUCCACUAUUCAGAAAAUCAGCCAUAUCUAUUCUAUCUGUUAUAGGCGACAAUCUUAGAGACUUAGACGAUGUUGCCUUCUGGUAAGCUGCCGCUUAAUAUUUGAUUUGUGUAGUCAGAGUAGUCAGUAGUGUUCACCACUCACUACUAUUCUGUUGUGCACUGUAGUGUUAGCGAGACUGAGUGACAUUGUUGGUGUGCCUUAAUAAUAUUGCUUACUUACCGUGCAUUUACGCCACAGUGACAUCACUGUUAAACAAAAAGUGCGCAAGCGUGUAAAUUUUAGGUUAGUUUUGAUAAUUUUAUGUAUCAGUAAUAGUAAUUAAACUGUCCAGCGUGUAUUGCUGAGUAUGGAGAAAUUUCUGAAGAGAAAAGCUGACCAGAAACCAGAAGAUUCUGAUGACGAAGGGGAUAAGGGUGACCGAAAGAGAAAACAACGCAAGUACGAUCCAGAAUACAUUUCGUAUGCGGACCAACCUCUCUGUGUUGUGUGUUUGCAAACACUGUCCAAAGAUGCAAUGAAACCAGCGAAAUUGAAGCGCCAUUUAACAACAGUGCAUCCAGAUAUUGCCAGUAAGCCGAAGGAAUAUUUUGAGUGGCAAAAGGAGCUGUACCUCAAGCAGAAAGGCAAAAUGACAGCCUGCGCCACUGUAAGUGAGAAGGCUCUUCACGCAUCAUAUUCGGUAGCAUUACGAAUAGCACGUUCCAGAAAGCCUCACACAAUUGGAGAAGAGCUUAUACUGCCUGCAGCAGUAGAUAUGUGCGAAGUUGUACUGGGAAAAGAAUCCAAUCAAAAACUGAAAGCCAUUCCACUGAUAACACAGUGAGCAGAAUAAUUGGCGAUAUGGCGGAAGAUAUACAGAGCCAGCUGAUAGCACGUCUUCAAACAAGUCAGAUUUGCGAUUCAGCUCGAUGAAAGUACUGAUGUUUCCAGUGCUGCGCAGUUGUUGGUUUAUGUUCGAUAUUGCUGGGAAGGAGAGGCUUUGGAAGACUUUGUUUUGCAAGGCACUCCCAGGACGUACAACCGGUGAAGAACUUUUCCGUGUGCUUGACACUUUUUUUUGUACAAUCGGCAUUGGUGUGGACACAGUGUAUUGGAGUAUGCACGGAUGGUGCUGCUGCAAUGACAGGUCAGAAGUCGGGUCUAGUCGCACAAGUGAAAGAAGUAGCUCCACAUGUAGCAGCAACCCACUGCAUGGUUCACCGUGAGGCUUUGGCUGCAAAAGAUAUGGAUGAAAAUCUUGCAGAUGUGUUUUCCACAUGCAUUAAAAUCGUUAACUUUAUCAAAGCCAGGCUGUUCAAUCAUCAUUUGUUUGAAAACAUAUGCCGUGAAAUGGAAGCCGAGCAAAAGCAUUUGUUGCUACAUACAGAAGUCAGAUGGCCGUCACAAGGCCGUGUUGUGCAGCGUGUAUAUGAAUUGUGAGAUGAACUGCUCAUUUUUCUAAAUGAGCAUAACGGAUUAUUGUCACAGUUCUUGACAGAUGAGACAUGGGUUGCCAGAUUAGCUUAUCUUGCAGAUAUUUUCAACAUUUUGAAUAGCUUAAAUCUCAUUGCAAGGACCUGGCUCAAAUGUUCUGAAAAUGCAUGACGAAAUCAAUGCCUUCCAGAAAAAACUCCGUAUCUGGAAGGGAAGAUGCGAACAAGGUGUCUAUGAUAUGUUUCCGUUACUGGCUGACUUUAUGACAGUGAACAAGACUAAGACAGAGGCCAUUGCAGCACCGUUUUGAACCAUAUUCAACAGCUGUCACAUUAUUUCCAUGAGUAUUUCGGCGACGAUGACACGAGCAUGUUUGAUUGGAUUCGAAAUCCGUUUGAAUGCAUGCUUACUGAUUUAACUGGACGUGAACAAGAAGAAUUGGCUGAACUGUCAUCUGACAGGACUUUGCGCUUGCAGUUCAACCGAAUGUCACUGUUGUCAUUCUGGAUAGCAUGUUCCCAGGAGUAUCCACUGCUGUCCGGCAAAGCCGUCAAUGUUCUGUUACCAUUUGCAACCACUUACUUGUGCAAAAUAGCAUUUUCUGCAGUCACUGCCAUGAAAACCAAAUACAGAUCAGACUGAAUAUUGAGGAUGACAUACCGGUAUGUUUGUUGCACAUACCACCACGUUUGGACAAACUCUGCAGUGCAAAACAGGCACAACCAUCACAUUGAACUGAACACUGAAAGACACCACUGGUAAUUAUCGGUGAUUGAAAUAGUCACUAUUUCAACAGGGCCUGUGUGCAGUAAUUUAAGUGUUGUAUGCAUGAAUUAUCGAUUGUUUGAUUUUGUGGGCUUUGGGGGUCCGCCAUCUAACAAAGACGUGUUCUGGGGGGCCACAGCAUGAAAAAAGUUGAAAGCCACUGGUUUAAAGGACCAAAGGCUGCGUGCACCCUACAGACAGUUAACGAACGGUUUCUUCUCUUUGCCAUGUUCAUGCAGUGUUACAAUCAGUUUCUUCCAGUAUUCCCCCUGAAUGUUUUUGUCUCUACAGAGAGAGAGGAGGGUCUUUGUAAGUGCUCUUGUUGAGAUAAAGCUGGAAAUGGAACAGAUCCUUUAGGAAUAGGUCGCUCUUUGUGAUUGCUGUGGCUUUAUGCAAGCAACGAUAAAAGAAAAGGGAGCAGUGGGGAGUCUCAAAGUUUCAAGGUGGAACAGAAGCCAGUGACCAGUAUUCAGUUACAGCAUCAAGCAUUUGGUAGCCCUUCUCGUCUCCCAGGUUUGUUGUUAAUAAAAUUUGGUUUCAAUUGUCAUAUUGUUUUUUGAGUUUUUAAAAAAUUUUUUUAUUUACAGCGUGGUAACAGGUCCUUUCGGCCCAACAAGUCUGCGCCACCCAUUUUAAACCCCAAAUUAACCUACCCGUACAUCUUUAGAUUGUGAGAGGAAACCGGAGCACCCGGAGGAAACCCAUGCAGACACGGGAGAAUGUACAAACUCCUUACAGACAGCGACGGGAAUCGAACCCCGAUCGCUGGCGCUGUAAUAGCGUCGUGCUAACUGCGACGCUACCGUAAACUUGCUUUAAUUUCUUUGCUUGAAGUAAAUCCUGUGAUGUAUAUAGCAGAUUCCAAGUUGAGGGGAAAAUCCAAACUCUUAAAUUGUUUAACGUGCUUAAAAUGAAGUAAAUAAAAUACUUUGACCACA